AUGGACCGUCCACAAGUAUCCAUUCCACCAGCUGCGAACGUACUCGGUACUCUGGGAACUGAUGAGCCCAAUUUUGUUCAAACGUCUGCUAACCUGUGCUUCUCCAUGGUAGUUGCUGGUGUGUACAGAUCAUCCCACAAAUAUGGCACAACUGGCGCCGGAAGAGCACUGAAGGCCUGCCCGGCUCCAUGCUUAUCCUUUGGUGGCGUUCCAUUUGGUGUAUACGCCAUUGUCCAGAAUUUCAAUUUUGCACUCAAGUUCCAGCCCCAAGCAUUUGCAAGUCUUACGCUGAUUGCUUGGGGUCAAACAUUAUACUACCACAACAAAUGGCGAGCGUGGACCGCGACCGUUGCGACAAUUGCCCUUGCAGCAAGCUUUGGAAUCAUGGAACUCAUCCUCAUUCUUACCCUGCGAGGCCCGUAUAGCCGAGGCGUCGAGUGGCCCAUGAUGCUCAUGGCCAUAUCAGCAACCAUCAUCCAGGUCGUCGGUCUCAUCCCCCCCUUCUUUGAACUCGCCAAGCGCAACGGAAGAGUCAUUGGAAUUGGUAUGGGCAUUGUGAAACCAUUGGGAAGCGAAGCACUGCGGCUGAUAUACCUAGAUUUCUGGUUUCUCACCAUCGAUUAUCUUGGUGCUUUCUUUUCGCUCAUGGCAAUUGUCGCACAGCAGUGGUUUGAUGCUCUCGGCGCAAGCUUGUAUAUUGUGUGCAUGUUGCUUGAAACCGGCAUCUUCGCCUCACAAGCCAUCUGGCUCUGGCGUGUCCGCCACGUCCGCCACGAAGCCAAGAAGGCUGGAAAGACGUACGACGAAUACAUUGCAGAGAAUCCCUGCAAAAAGCUACCCCACAGUGAUUCUUCAGAGACGUUUGUCGAUGUGGAAGCUGGUCAUGAGAAGCGAAGCCCGAGUACAUGCACCGAGGCGCCGGCCGCGAGCGAAAACGAGCACACUACAACCACGCCGACUGACGAGACGCGGACAACGCAGGAGCCAUCACCAGCACCACUGCAAGCACCACCGCCAGCUUUACUUCAGCCCAGCGGGCCUGGCAUCAUACGAUUUUAA